CCCCGCAGGUCUGGCCGGCAGCCCCGUUAUCUCCGAUAUCUCCCUGAUCCGCCUCUCGCCCGCCGCCGUGGCGACCGGAGACUCUCCCUUCAGCCCGCCUCACCCGUACGUCAACCCUCACAUGGAGCACUACCUGCGCUCCGUGCACAGCAGCCCCACCCUGUCCAUGAUCUCCGCAGCCAGAGGACUCAGCCCCGCCGACCGUGACAUCUUAAAGGAACGCGGACUGUUCGGCCUCCUCCCUCCUCCGGGGCAGCCAGGCCGAUUAUUACAACUGAUGGCCCAGCCACCGGGCCCGUACGGCAGCCGAGUGCACAUGCAGAGGGCCGCCGGCACACGGCGAGGGGCUCACCUGUCCGACUAAUCACCCAUCGACGUGUCGCGGUUCUCCAGCCCCAGACUGACGCCCAGGCUGAGCAGGAAGAGGGCGCUCUCCAUCUCUCCGCUGUCGGACGCCAGCAUCGACCUCCAGACGAUGAUCCGCACCUCUCCCAACUCGCUGGUGGCCUACAUCAACAACUCGCGCUCCAGCUCGGCUGCCAGCAGCUCCUACGGACACCUGUCGGUUGGAGGCCUCAGCCCGUCCUUCCCCUUCCCUCAUCCCAUCAACCCCAUGGCCUACCAACAGCUCCUCUCCCAGCAGCGGGGGCUCAGCGCCUUCGGUCACACUCCGCCUCUCAUCCAACCUCCGCCCACCUUCUCCAGCCGUCAGCCCGGCCUCGGCCUCUCCUCCCUGCCCGCCCACAACAGCGACCUGUCGUCCAAGGUAAACACAUUUAACACAGAAUUAUUUAGUAACCUCAGCAGCGACUCGGCAGUCAGCAGCACAGUUGACCCCAUGAUCACCAAAAGGUCAAAGGUCAAGACUGAAGCAGAGGGGUUGAGGCCGCUGGAGCCGCAGCCUCCUAACCAUCACGGUAGCCUGCUGGACUUGAAGGACGAUGUGGAUCGGGACGAGUGUAAGCAGGAGCCGGAGGCCGUUUACGAGACUAACUGCCACUGGGAGGGCUGCAGCAAGGAGUACGACACGCAAGACCAGCUGGUCCACCACAUCAAUAAUGACCACAUCCACGGAGAGAAGAAGGAGUUUGUGUGCCGCUGGGAGGACUGUUCGCGGGAGCAGAAGCCCUUCAAAGCUCAGUACAUGCUGGUGGUUCACAUGCGGCGGCACACAGGGGAGAAACCACACAAGUGCACGUUCGAGGGCUGCGCUAAGGCCUACUCCCGUCUGGAGAAUCUAAAAACCCAUCUGCGCUCGCACACCGGCGAGAAACCGUACGUCUGCGAGCACGAAGGAUGCAACAAAGCCUUCUCCAACGCCUCAGACCGAGCCAAACACCAGAACAGGACACACUCCAACGAGAAACCCUACGUAUGUAAGAUCCCCGGCUGUACGAAGCGCUACACAGAUCCCAGCUCUCUCAGGAAACAUGUGAAGACGGUCCACGGCCCUGAGGCGCACGUCACCAAGAAGCAGCGCAGCGACCUGCCGCCGAGGCCGCCGGCGCCCAGGGAGAACGGUGAGAACGAGGCGGGGGACAGAGAGAGAAUCCAGAGGGAGGACAAGAUGUCAGACAGCAGCUCCCACAGAGGCGUGGAGGACUACCUGCACGUCAAAUCCAUCAAGACGGAAAACUCUGUGAUGUAUCAGUCCAGCCCUGGCGGUCAGUCAUCAUGUAGCAGCGAACCAUCACCACUUGGCAGUGCCACCAACAAUGACAGUGGAGUAGAAAUGGCGGUGCACAGCGGGGGAAGCCUGGGGGACCUCAGCACCCUGGAUGACCUGCCCUUUGUAGAGUCCUUGGGCUGUGAAGAUUCCACCGGUGGGGUUGCGGUGGCGGGUCUCCACUUCCGAAAGCAGCUAGCCACCAGCCAGCGCCUGGAGCAUCUGAAGAAGGAGAAGCUGAAGACAGUGAGGGACUCGUGUCGGUGGGCCAGCAACCCUACACCCCUGGUCCUCGGCACCAAGCUCCCACCCAUACCAGCAGGCGGGUCCCUCCUGGAGAGUCCAAGUAUGGGUGGUGGUCCGGUGUCCUUCCCUGGUUCCGGCUUGGGUGAUCUGAGCUCUGGUAAAAUGACUCUACUAGAAAACCUUUCAGAGCGCCGUGACAGCACCUCCAGUACCCUAAGCUCAGUUUACACCCUAAGCCGCCGCUCCUCAGGCAUCUCCCCUUGCUACUCUAGUCGGCGCUCAAGCCAGGCCUCGCAGUUCAGUGCCAACCGCCCCAGCAACCUUAGCUCUGCCGACUCCUACGACCCCAUCUCUGCAGACAUCUCACGGCGCUCCAGUCAGGCCAGCCAGUGUGGGGGAAGCAGCGGAGGAGGGUACGAAGGAAGGGGCUUACCCAGCCCCCUCAGCCUGACCCCAGCCCAGCACUACCAUCUCAAGGCGAAAUAUGCUGCUGCCACUGGAGGUGCACCACCUACGCCUCUUCCAUACAUGGACCGAAUGUAUCUAAAGACCCACACAGCCCUGUACAGCGACUCCCAGGAAUCCUCCACCAUCAACAAAAUACCUUCCAGGCAGUACAGCAGCUACACCACGUGGAGCUUGAUGCCCCAUGAGGUCCCGUCUAACAUCCCCCGCAGAGCCAGUGACCCUGUGAGACGCGUAGGCAUGGAUUAUCUCAGCCAGCCACAAAUGCAACGCUACAAUAGCAUGGGCACACUGAGCGGAGGUGUCACCAUGCAGCCCCAUCCACCUCUUGCAGCAGAUCGCCAACAGUUAUUAUCACAGCAAGGCUGCCUGCGCUCGGAUGGUAGUCCCCACCGCUACCCUUACAGCGUUCGACCGCCCAGUAUUUCAGAGGACGUCACCAUGGAGAUGAUAACAGGUGACAUCCCUCAGGAAGACCUGAUGCUGCCUGACCUCAGCACUGACAACAGACACAACAGAGAGAAUCAACAAGAUUUCCAAGGAACCCCCAAUCUGCAGCAGCAGUGGUACAAUCAGAGAAGGAUGGCCAUCGUGAAUACCAACAUGAACCUGCCCAGUCAGGUUCUGGCCACCUCCAGCACAAGUUCAUCUUCACAGAGAGAUAGUAAGGACAACUUACUCCUUCAGUUGAACAAAGUCUCUUUGGGACCAAUGGAUGACAGCCAGCACUACUCCAAACUACAGGUCAAAGGAAACCUUGCUGUCCUCCAACAAAACUUUGGAUCUUUUCACAACAAUCUCAGUUCCAACCAGCGAAUGAUUCAAAACCCUGCUAACACAAUACAGCAGAGAUGUAAACAGUUAAAUAACGAACCAGGAGCAAACUGCUUCCAGCAGCAGAGAUUCCAGCAGUCAUCAAAUCUCAAUGAAGGAAUAAGCUCUCAGUACAGGUUCAACAAAGGCAUCAGUCCCUAUGAUAAGAAUGGUAACACCACCUGUCCACCUUUUAAUAACACAACAGCAGUCAACGGGAGCAUGCUGAGCCCCACAUGCAAACAGGAGCCAGCUGACAUGGAUACUAUUGACAUGCAUUUUGCUGAUGCUGGAUUUCAGCCUGUGCAAGUUAAAAUUGAGGACUGUGAUGGAUCAAUCAUGAUUUCAGAUCAGCAGAACUGUAACAUGGCCUCCCACAAUCCCUUGCAAAGUGGGAUUCAGAGGCAUCUCCAACCAAGGCCACCAACAGUACCUAAAUCUCAAAACAGGCACCUUUCGGGGCCAAAGGUUAUGCUGCAAACAAGGCAUCCAAGUAAUGCUAACCUGGAUGUUGCUUCCAAAUUACCCAGUAGUGGAGUUUUAGGACUUCAUUGCAGCGACAACUCUGAUGACAAUGCCGUGUAUUACACAGGGCAGAUUCGAGUAUUUGAGUCCAACGGGAACUUGGACCAUCAAGUGUCCCCUGUAGUGACUGUACCUCCUUUUGAAGAUGAGGCAGCGUCUCCAAGUUCAAACAACAACAACCGGGCAUCCAGGACUGUAGACUGUAACGCAGCACUGGAGCAGGCCCAGAUAGACUUUGAUAGCAUGCUGGAUGAUGGGGAUCACUCCAGCCUUAUGUCGGGAACCCUGAGUCCAGGUCUGCUCCAGAGCUUGUCCCAGAGUUCCUCUCGCCUGACAACGCCCAGGAACUCGGUGACAUUGCCCUCUGUGCCGGUGGCGACGGGAAACAUGGCCAUCGGGGACAUGAGCUCGUUGCUGACUGCUCUGGCAGAAGAGAACAAAUUCCUCAACUUGAUGUCUUAGCCACACGUCGUUGCGAACUGUUUUGACCGUCAGAAACGUAUUUGCAGAAUUUUUUAACUCCAGAUGCACAAUAAACAUUCAAACAACUUGAUGUGAUUGUGUGCCAAAAAGCCUCUGCAAUAUGUGACUCUUGUUUUCCUGUACAGUCUCAUUUGUUAAUUAUUUAAAAUGGCCGUUUUCUAUCCUUUUUUGAAAAGCCAUGUUUUAGUUUUUUUGCCUUAGGUAUAGUAAAUAUGAUGUAAACAACAGAAUUAUUUCAGUUGUUAUACAGGUCUGCAGUAAGAUCAGUUUACUAAGUGCCUGGCUCAGCCAAAACAUAUGCAUGUUGUGCAUAUGAAUACAUCUAAAAUGUGUAAAUGCAACCAGGUAAUUAUCUGAUAUUCGCAUAUUUGGAAUGUACCAUCAGCACUCACUUGUUUUACACUGUAAAUUACUUGAGCUAUUCUAUAUCAAGUUGCUCAUUUCUGCUGCAAUCUUUUUUCUCCCAUCAACACAGCAUUUCAAGUAUACAGUCACAGUCUUCAGUGAGCCGUUAUUUGAUUGCUGCAUUGCUGCUGAGAUUAACUGUGACUUCUCCAGUGUCAGGCAUCAGAGACUUGAUUUGUGGCUGAAUUAUGAACCCAUGCAUUGAUAAAUCGGUUGUGCUCUGGCAGCAAGAAGAG